CUUAGCUGGUACAUAGGUACCUAAGCAAAGAUUUGAAAUUUAUCGAUCUACCAUGUCGGGUGGUACUGGUAUAUAAAUAUGAUAUCCAUAAACAACGUAACUCUAGUAUAACAGCCUGCCUGUUAUAUAAAUCCCUCGCCCACUGCAUUUUCAAAGCAUCAAAAUCGACACUAAAAACAACCCACCUUGCCCAACUCACUCAUUCCCAGUCACAUCACAUAUUCCACUAAUGUCCACCGCAGAGCCCCUUCCACCGAAGGCCUACUUUGUCCCGUGCGACUUCACCUCUGCCGCACAUACGGAAUUGCUUUAUAACCAGCGAGUGACAUGCGGCUGGGGCAAGGAGGGCAUCGAGAGGUGGAAAACCCUCUCUGCUCAGGGAAUUUUGGUCAUGUACUGGCUUGUACUAGACGACAGACUACCCGAGAAGGAUGACCUGAUAAAAUCCCACUGUGGCCGAUAUCCAAAUCAAGCAAAUCCGAUCCAGGACACAGCCGCUCAGAUAUGGGGUCAUCAGCGCACACCGUCCAAGACCUCCUUCAUCCCCAUCGGCCACAUUGGCCUCGGUCGGCUCCAGCCUGACAUUGAGUACGUGGUCACUAUGAAGGAAGUCCAACCCCCUCCAGGCCCAACCGACGUUGUGACCUGGAUCGGUCCCUUCUACGUAUCUUGGGUCAUACAGAGGCUGGGAAUCGGCAAUUUUGCCAUGACCGAAAUCGAGCGACUGGCGGCGUCGCCACCCGUCAACGGGACCAUCGUCGGCCUGGAUGCCAUCGCGCCUGAUCACGCACUGGCUCCCGCGCUGCUGAAGACGUUUUACACCCAUUUUGGAAACCCCGUGCCAGUUAUCUCGAACCAUGACUGGUAUCUCAAGCAGGGUUACAAGCCGUACCACCGCAAGACUGCCUAUCCUUGGACCGACAUUGAGACUGGCGAGGUCAACAUGUUGGAUACUGUAUAUAUGCAGAAAAGGCUCUGAAAGGAUUUUGCUUUGUUUCGGCCCUGGAAGCUGACAUGUGUUGCUUUUCUUGAAGUCGGCUGUAGACUAGGUAUCAUAGGCCGCCCGCCCUAGGUUUACUUAUGGAGGAGGAUGCUUCUAGGUGUCAGUUUCAACAACGUCUUUUCAAGCCAUUCAAGGCAAGAAAUUCGUACCCUGGGGGUAGACAUCCAAGGUAACAGAUACGCAAAAUCAGCCUGAAAGCGU